GGGAAACCAGUGCUUUUUUUUACCGCUAUAGUGCUGUAUAUCUCUGUACAAGGGUGUCUAGCAAUGGUUUGUUCGCACUGGUGUUUGACUCUGUUAAGACAGCGCAAAUGCAUAGAUGUUCUGACUGUAAUUUGAGCUUGACCUGUGAUGGACAGCAACACCGGGAUAAGCUACAAGGGACAAAAGCCACAGCUAUUUUGCAUGAUAAACAUAUUUGUCACUGUUUUCCAGUAAUAGUCUGAUUUAUAGCCAUAGUAAAAUGCCCCUGUUAAAAUCGAUGAUUUAGUACAUCUAUAAUUGUCCUUUGUGCAGAGCAGACCAAAGUAAAGUAGUUUGGCCAUAAUGCACAGAACCACAUAUGGAUAAAAACCAAACAUGUAUUUGCUCAAACGUGGUGGUGGUGGAGUUGUGUUGAUUUAUUUUAUUUUUUUUAGAUGUGGACACCUUGCAGUUCCCGAGUUGACCACGUACUCAUCAGUAUACCAAAGUAUUCUAGAGUCAAAUGUGAGGUCAUAUGACAGCCAGCACUGAGUGAUGCAACAGCACAAUGAUCCCAAGCACAGCCGGUUACUUUUGUUGGAAAAGGAAAAAAGAAUCGAGGUGUCGCAAUGGUUCAGUCAAAGUCCAGACCUCAACCUGACCGGGAAUUAAAGAGAGCGGAAAUGACUGCCUGCAAGCUGCAAUGAACUGAAACAACCAUGUAAAGAAAUUCCUACACUGUGAUAAUGUAGAUGUGCAUCCAGAGAAGUCCCCAGGCUUUCAGACGUCUGGAUAACUCCAGUCCUCACCUGCACAGCUAAUGGCAUGCCGAUCUCCAAACCUCCCAAUGUGGCGAGUGUCAGUGGUGCCCUAAUCCUCCUCCUUCUACUCUGCGUCUGCAACACCACCCUACUCUUUCUACUCAUCAACGUUUUUCUCAUCCCACACCCCGCUCACGCCUCAGGAUGGGUAACAUAACCGGUACCUGCCAUGACAAUGAGACCAUCGACUUUUUCUACAACAACAGUGGAAAAGCCAUUAAUACUCAAUGGAAAAAGCGUGACGUUCUUAUUGUCACGCUGGGCUUGAUUGUUUGCUUCAUUGUUAUUUUUUCCAACUUUUUGGUAGUAGCGGCCAUUUUCAAAAACAGACGGUUUCACUUUCCCAUCUACUACUUGUUGGGUAAUAUGGCUUUGGCAGACCUUUUUGCAGGUUUUGCGUAUCUCCACAUGAUGUUUCAUACUGGUCCCUGGACUAUAAAACUAUCACCGAACCAGUGGUUUACUCGUCAGGGGUUGAUAAAUACCAGCCUGACAGCCUCGGUCCUCAACCUCCUAUUCGUGGCUGUGGAGCGCCACCAGACUAUCUUCAACGUCCAGCUACACAGCAGCAUGAGCACUCGGCGUGUUUUCAUAGUCAUGCUAUUAAUUUGGCUGGUGGCAAUAAUCAUGGGCCUCGUUCCCCAAAUGGGUUGGAACUGCACGUGCCAUCUAAGUGAAUGCUCCACCAUGGCACCGCUAUACCACCGCAGCUUCCUGAUAUUCUGGGCCGUUCUUAACUUGAUGACCUUCUCCAUCAUGGUGGCCGUAUAUACCCGGAUCUUUCUCUAUGUGAGGCACAAGGGCAGGCAGAUGUCACAGCACACUUCGACGACAAGACAGAGAGAAACCAUGAUGAACCUGAUGAAGACAGUCUCCAUGAUCCUGGGCUGCUUUGUGGUCUGCUGGACACCCGCACUGGUUGUGCUACUGCUCGAUGGUCUAAACUGUGACAGGAGUUUGGUGCUAGGCCCCGAGAAAUACUGUCUGGUGCUGGCAGAGUGCAAUUCCUUCGUCAACCCCAUCAUCUACUGCUUCAGGGACCAAGACAUGAGGAGGACCUUCAAGGAGAUCCUGUGCUGCAACUGGUCUCAGAGGCACAAGAACAGAGGCUUCUCUGAAGUUAAAUUUCACACCGUGGAGCAAGAGAAUGGUAAGUCUCGUAUCCCCAAGGCGAAAGAGAGGAGCAACGGGGCGCCUCUCAUCCGUGCCAGCUCAGAGGACAUCCCUGCAAGUCCGAUGAACUGAGACCAGCUGAGAAAUUUCGAGGCAUGCACACAUACAUAUCUAAGUGAACUUAUCUGUAUAUGUACACAAAAAUGAGCCUUGAGCUGGUUCUUCAAGGAUUAUGUAGAUUUUUUUUUUCUUUUUUUUUCUUUUUUUUUUUUUUAUAUAAAUGGUUUUACCUCUGCUGUGGGUUUACAGUUUCUGCAGCUACUGGUAGAAGAGAUACACUCUUUGGCUGGAAGCUUCAUAACAGCAGCUUGAUCUUCUCAUUUAAACACAAGCCCGCCACCAACACCUCCCCUGCACAGACGCGUACACAUUGUUGGGAUCACUUGGGCAACAUGGGAGACACACGUGAGAGUUUCCUGUUGAGACAUGAGUGACUCGGCAGUUUUUUGUUGUUUUUUUUUUUUUCCCCUCAGUGACAACAGUGAUGGAAGACCAACACCUGGAAAGCUACACAGCAGACCGUGGAAUAAAUGUGUGAAAAUGUGCAAUCAUAAAGAAUGCGCUCUGUGCUUUAGUUAUGAGCCACACAAGAGUAGUUUGCUGGCUACUCUUAGCUUAAGUUAAUGUGAUCCAAGUUGUUACCACUAGUGCAGUAAGUCCUCCUUAAUAAAUUUCGGGGUGUUUAUUUAAUUGCAUGACC